CAGCUGAAAUGAAGCAAGGUGUUCUUGCAUGAAUACAUCCGUAAAAGGAGGAAGAAGAACGGGUUUUGUUGUGAAUUGGAAACAUCAUGACUGUGAUGAUGGAAGAUGGUAUCAAAUAUUCCAUCGAUGUGAACUUCUACGACCUCAGCCAAGGAAUGAAUCCAAAUGGAUUAUGGAUCUGCGGAUUGGUCGUGUACGGUAAAGAAUAUAUCUUCUCCAAGGCAGGCAUCGAAAGUUGCAGACCGGGACAAACCGUUCUAGGACCUCCAGACAAAACAGAAAGCGUGGGCGAGACGGAGAUAUCCUAUUCUUUGUUCUUGGAUUUCGUUCUAACCCUUGCCGACACAACGUUUCGACCCCAAACAUUUCGCUUCUCAGAACACAAUUCCAUUUCCUUUACCGAAGCCGCUGCGCAAUUCUUGUGCGGAACUUCUAUUCAAAAAUAUCUGCCCUCUAGCCUCCCAGAUUUGUCCCAAAUUCAAAGGGACCUAGCCCAAGAUCUCGAGCAAUUGUUUGAUUCCCCUUCGUUUGUGGAUGCGAGUGCCAAAGGGGGAACCAUAGCUUUUGGUAAUUUAGCUGCCAGAGGUGGAGAUCUUGUAAACUACGUGCCAACGACAGCACCGAGUCGAGCGGAAAGCCCGGAUUUUGAUCAACUUCAAGCCCAAAUUGAUGCUUGCCGAGAGGAAAGCUCCAAAUUGAGACAGAGACGCGAGGCGCAGCUAAAGGAUUUCGAGGAUCAGGCCCCGAAUCAAGUUCAACCUCAAAGUGAGCCAGAGGCCAAGCCGUCCACAAAGAAAAAGAAAUUGCGAUCCAGAUCCACCGAUCAACUUGCUACAAGCCAAAGACAGCGCCAUUCUAAAUCAGUUGAACGGCAGAAAAAUAAUAAACCGGUGGAACGAAAACCGAGAAAGUCCAAAAAACGAUCCUCCUCUGUUGCACCACUACCCAAUGAUCUGGAGGAAGAAUCCGAUCAAUCAUCGGUUCCAAUCCAAGUGAGUGAAGAUAGUAAUUCCAUUCAACAAUCGGAAAAUUCCGGUUCGCUUCAACGCCCGAAGAGAGUGUCAUUUAAUGAUAAACCCAUUGAGAUCAUAGUGGAACGUGAGGAAGAAGAGGAAUUCGUCACCGAUCAGAACGGAAAUCCAAUUUCUUUGGACAGUGACGAGGAGUCUUUGCCACCUCCUUUAGAAGAGGUUCCCUCUGAAAACAGCACCAGGGUUGCCGCAACGCCGCAAAAGUUGGGUGCCAGAAAAAAGGUCAGGUCUCCACCGCCACCAAAGAAGAGGGAAACCGUUCCAAGCCCUUUGGCACACUCCGCAUCAGACGUGCAAAAUAACAAUCUGGUCCCAAUAAGCGGUCCAUCGUCACCCACUCCUUUCCACGAGACCAUCAAUAACCAGACCACAGAAAUGGCUGCAUCCGAGCCAAAUACCAUUCCAACUGAGGAAGAAGGAGCUUCGCCUCCCAAAAAGAACCAAAAGCCGAGUGAGCCACCAGUCACUUUCAGGGAAUUUGAUCACACGGCAGAUUUCGAGGACUUGGUCCGAGAAAUCGUUACCAUGCUGGAUCCUGAGGAACAAGACCGACUCCGAGAAAUGGAGGAUUGGAUCAUUAAGAACGAGGGCACGUGGGUCCUCUCCGAAGGAUUUAACGUCUUCUUGGGGCGUGUGCUCCAUGACAAGUCUCUUCCUAGUGCUGCUCGAGUGGCCAUGCUUCGUCUUUUGGCCUUUGGAGCCGGCAUGGAUGACAUCGUGCUCAUCAUGCAUUCUGACAGAAAAGAUCACCUCUUAAUGAACUACGCUCAAGAGUUUGACAGACACCCAAUUAAGGAGCAGGAAGCCUUGGCCCUUUUCUUUGCUAAUCUGUUUGAGAACAAUUCGUCAAGCGAAUGGCUUUUGUACAUUUCGGAGUGGCCCUCUAAAGGUCAAGACUUGUCCAACAUUCGCGUUACCACCAAGGUGGCGGUGAACGCCCUCCUUGGGGACACGCCCACACUUCAAGACUACGGAACCGCCAUAAUGCACAACUUGGGAACAAAGGAGGUAAAAGCUGUGGUAUUUGACGACAUUUGCUCGGAAUUGGCAAUGGCCAUCUUGCAAUUCUUCCAAGGCAAUCCCAAAGAAGAGCACGUGUUCCGAUGUGUAAAGGCGUUGAACAAAUUUGCCACCAUUGCGCAUCGAGAUGUACCUCAAUUGAUCAAAAUGAUCGGACCCGAACCCUCCAAAUUCUCCGGGAUGUCCAGUCGGGUGGAUGAGUUCAUUCAGGCUCUCAACGCUCGAUUGGCUCGAGUUCCUUCGUUCUAAAACAUACUCAAUGCACACUAACUUUUUGUACUGCUAAAUGCGGAAAAACACGUUGCGUACUGUAAAGAGAGAGAUUCGACACCACCGACCAAAAUCUGGAUAUCUCAAUAACAACCGCCACCUUGUAUGUUGUUUUGUAUUUAUUAAAAAAUAAGCGGAAAAAUAUAUUUAUGCUCCCUU